AUGAGCUCCGACAGUGAAGACGUCUACCACCACCCAGUAGUUGCUGUCUCCCAUGGCCCCGGUCCGCUCUGGCUGCUCAAGCACGGCGAGGAAAACCGAACGAGUAGGCCGGCUAGGAACGUGGCCUCCAUCUUCAAGAAGCUGUACCCCGGUGGAGCCCACAAGCCGAAGCGAAUUCUGCUGGUGUCUGCGCACUGGGAGACUUAUCGAAUCGGCUUUGAGAUCUCCAAGUCACCCGCACCAGGAAUGCUGUUCGACUACGAAGGAUUUCCCCCAGAUGCGUACAAGGUGGUGUACCGAGCCAAGGGCGACGCAGACUUAGCGAACGAGGUGGCCACACUGCUGACAAGGAGCAAGAUCAAGGCGACGCAGGUGCUACGCGCAUUCGACCACGCGGCGUUUGUGCCCAUGACCCUCAUCCGCCGCCAAGCGGACAUUCCGGUGGUGACGCUGUCGAUCAACUGGAAGUUGAACUCGCGCGCGCACUUCGAGCUCGGCCGGGCGUUGGCUCCUCUGCGAGAUCAGGACACACUGAUCAUCUGCUCUGGGCAGGCAACGCACGGUUUACGGGGAGAAGGAGACGCGAUCCCGCAGUCCGGACUCGAUUUCCAGGAGUGGCUCGACUUGGUGCUGACCAAGGGCGAGGGCAGCGAGGACCUCUCCUAUGCGCAGCGACGAGAAAAGCUACUGGCGUGGGAGUCGGCACCUGGCGCACUGGAGGCGCACCCGAGGGCAGACCACUUCAUGCCGUUCCUGGUCGCAGCAGGCGCCGGCAUGGAGAAGAAGACCCCAGAGGCAACCAAGCUGUUCGGCGGCUGGGGCACCGAGAACCACCUCUCCUACGCGUCCUACGCGUGGGGCACACCGCCGACGGCAGCACCGGCAGCAACGGCAUCGGGCAAGGCGCAAGGCGCAGGAAUAGCAAAAUGA